AUGAGUCGAAAAUUGAAGAUCAAUAAAAUAAAUAGCGAUCAAGCUUAUGCUUUAUUAGAUGAUAUUCCUUCAGAAGGUUGCGAUGCAUCUGAUGUUGAAUUUUGUGAUAAUGAUGUAGAUUGGUUGAAAGACUUGGAAGAGGAAGAUAGUGUAGAAAAGGAAGAUGGUAUAGAAGAGCAAGAUCAUAUAAAAGAAGAAGAUAGUAUAGAAGAGAAACAAGAACGAAAUAGGGCCAAUCUUGAAGAAUUAUGUUCUCUAAAUGAUGAAACAAUAGCAGUUGCCCAUAUUGGUAACAUAAUUCAAUUUUAUAUCAAAAAAAUAUUUAUUUAA